UUCUAUGCUGCUUUGAAUAUUCUGACAAAUGAUGUAAGCUGUGAAGGCUACCAGCUCCUAUGGAUGCUCCACAGCUACUUAGAAUUGGACAGUCUCAUUGGGCUGGACAUGCACACUGACAGGACCCUUGAAUUGAUAGAGAGGGAACAGUUGGUUUUUGGAAGUGAGCUAAAGGUACAUGAUAUUUCCUUGCUGACACCUCAAAAUGGACUGGAAUUUUCCAAAGGUCCAUCUUUGGAAACAUGUCAUGUGGACAUUCAGAAUAAAGGAGCAGCCCAUAACUACAGCACUCAGCCCAAUGAGAAAAUGCAUGGCUCACUUAAAGAUGCAUAUCAGGACUGCUCAAAUGGUAAGGAUGUUGCCAUUCAGGUCCUUCAUGUUGAUCACCACCACUUAGCCAUGAAACUAAUUAGGAACCAGGUGGAUGCUGAAGCCAAUCAUACACAGCUAAGAUCAUGA